ACAAAAAAUCUUCUUUCAUUUUCUCUCUCUAGCUUUUGCUCUCUCUCUCUCUUGAUACGAUUAACAAUCAUCAAACUCUUCCAUGCAUCCACUUCACUCGAACCUCAUGUACGUGAUUAUCUCACGCGCCACCACCUGGGCGACCCACCCGUGUGCAUCAUCUUCGACGUGUUCUUGGGCUGGGCCGAUAACGUGGCCCGAUCAUUUGGGUCCACCGGAAUCUGCUUCAACACUGGUGGGUCCUACGGUGUUGGCGCGUAUGUUUCAAUCUGGACCAAUCUACCUCACCGGAAUGUCGGUGAUGAUGAGGAGUUUUCACUGAUUGGUUUUCCGGAAGAUCGGAAACUCCGACGUAAUCAGCUUCACCGGUUUUUAAGGUUUGCUGAUGGGUCCGAUGAAUGGUCGAGGUUUUUCCAACCUCAGAUUAAAUCUUCCUUGAAUUGUUCUGGGUGGUUGUGUAAUUCUAUCGAGGAGAUUGAACCGCUAGGGUUUCAGGUUUUUAGGAAUUUCACGAAAUCUCCGAUUUGGGGGAUUGGUCCUUUGAUUAUAACAUCUUCAAAAAAAAAUGAUGAUGAUGAUGAGAAGGAAGAGGUUUGUUUGAAGUGGUUGAAUCAAUUUGAAAAUGACUCUGUUUUGUACAUUUGUUUCGGGUCACAGAAUACAGUGACUCCGAUUCAGAUGAUGGAGUUAGCAAAAGGUUUGGAGGAGAGUAAGGUCCCGUUCUUGUGGGUGAUUCGGCCGCCAUUCGGGUUCGAUUUCAAUGGGGAGUUUAAACCCGAAUGGCUGCCGGAGAAGUUUGAGAAAAGAAUGAUGGAGAAGAAACAGGGGAUGUUGGUGAGAGAUUGGGUGCCUCAGUUGGAUAUUUUGAGGCAUGAGGCUACGGGUGGGUUUUUGAGUCAUUGUGGUUGUAAUUCUGUAUUGGAAGGUUUAAGAGAAGGAGUGCCAAUAAUUGGGUGGCCGUUGGCGGCCGAGCAAGCGUAUAAUUCGAAGAUGAUGGUGGAGGAAAUGGGGGUUGCGGUCGAGUUGACGAGGGGGUUGGACGGGGAGGUGAAGAAAGAGUGGGUGAAGAGUGUGGUGGAAAUGGUGUUGGAUAGAAAGGAGGGGAGUUGUGGGUGGGAGAUGAAGAAGAAGGCUGUUGAAAUUGGGGAGAAAUUGAGGGAUGCUUGGAAAAUUGAGGGAGAUUCCAAAGGGUCUUCUGUUAAGGCAAUGGAAAAUUUUGUAGAGUUUAUAGUUUCUUGGAAGGGAAAGAAUUCUAAGGAAGAUGCUUGAAAUGGUAAAAUGAUACAUCGAUACGCGGAUGUCAUAAGUUUAUCGACGUAUAUGGUGCAUGUGUUGAUGUUGUAGUGCAAACACGGUUUUAUCUAGUGUGGAGUAUGAUUUUUUUAGUGGAAGAAUAGUUAUAGUUGUUAGAGUAGUAUUAAACUGUGAAGUAGGAGCAAACAGCAGUAUUUGUUUUAAGAAUUCUGUUUUGCAGAGAUCAUAUGUAAUUUUAGAUCAUUGAAGAUGAUCUCAAAUUCUCAAUCAUCGAUUCAAUGUUUUCCCCUUUUAGCAUUGAUAUAGCUACACUGAGUUGAAUGAGGGGUAUUAAAAAGAUGAUUUGAA